AUGUAUGUGGACUGGUUUUUGGUGGUGCUGAUCGUGACUUCAGUGUUGGUCAUCUACUGCUGCCUCCUGCUGGUCUUUGCGCUGAUCCAGGUGGCUCUUAAAGAACCUCUGGACAUGCACUGGAUUCACAAGGUCCUGCUGUUCUUGGCAGUGGUGAUUGUAGCCGCUGGGGUCGUUGGGCUGUGUUUGCAGUGGAUGGAGGAGUGGGGCACAGCUUUGUUAUCAUUGCAGGUGACGGCCCCUUUUCUGCAGCUGGCGGGUGUGGCUGCCGUGUCGCUCCUCGGCUGGUUUGUGUUCCAGAGAUUCUUCAUGGCCAAAAGGACAGUCUCUAGGGUGUUUAUCCUCAUGGCUUAUCUCAUCGUGGUUGCUGCUGUGUUCCUGUCUCCACUGGUCAUCACAUCUCCCUGCCUCCUGGAGAUAAGGGAGUUACCCCCCAAGCCUGCGCUGAUCGGCCACCGGGGGGCGCCCAUGCUCGCUCCAGAGAACACAAUGAUGUCCUUCCGGAAGAGUAUGGAGUGUAAGGUGGCCGCCUUCGAGUCAGACGUGCUGCUCAGCUGGGAUGGAGUGCCCUUCCUGAUGCACGACGAUUCCUUGAAAAGGACGACGAACGUGUUGGAGAAGUUUCCAGAGAGAGCCAGGAACGGCAGCUCCACCUUCAGCUGGAAGGAGCUGCAGAGCCUCAACGCUGGGGCGUGGUACCUGAAGAAUGACCCCUUCCAGACAGUCUCCUCCUUCUCAAAGCUGGAUCAAGAGGAAGCCAGAAAUCAGAGCAUCCCGUCUCUGAGUGAUCUGCUGAACCUGGCCAAGCAGAACAACACCUCUGUCAUCUUCGAUCUGAAAAAACUCUCUCCGGGACACCCCUACGAACUCAGCUACACCCAGCGCACUGUCGAGACCAUUCUCAACUCCAGCAUCCCGCUGCGACUGGUGCUGUGGCUGGUGAAUAAGAACAGGGACAAAUUGGUAGCAAUACCCCCUGGGUUCCAGAAGAUCUAUGCUGACAAGGAGGCCAUGUGGGCCGGUGGGGGCGACCGGCUCAACAUACGCCACUCCUUCCUGAGUGGCCAGGAGAUUCGGAACCUGACUCGGAGUAACGUGACGAUGAACAUGUGGGUGGUGAAUGAGCGCUGGCUCUUCUCUCUGCUGUGGUGCUCUGGGGUCUCCUCCGUCACCACAAACUCCUGCCAGCGCCUCAGGGACAUGCAGCGCCCCAUCUGGCACCUCGCACCCGACACGUACCAAGCGAUCUGGAUCACCGUGGACUGCUUCUUCCUUCUGGUCAUUCUGGGCCUGUUCCUGCUGCAGAGGAGGCGCUUCUGGAACAACAGAGGGGGACGGUCUGAGCACAGUAAUGGCUUCAUAAACUUACUGACGGGCGAGAUGGACACCUUUCUGUGA